AUGUCCGCCAAACAACGUCUCCAAGCCCUCAGCCAACAACUCACCGAGGGAAUCCCCGAUGCAGGCACAUUCGAGGAUAUCCCUAGGAUUCGCCAGGUAGCACCUGAUUCUGUUGGGCCACGGAUGAAGGACAAGGUUGCUAUUGUCACCGGAGCAAACUCCCCAGCCGGCAUCGGCCGCGCAACAGCCCACCAAUACGCCCACAAUUCCGCGCGAGCAGUCUACCUCUGCGACUACUCCACAACGCACCUAUCAACACACGCGCGCGAGAUCUCAACCCUAUACCCCGGUGUCGACGUGCACAUCCGGGACUUCGACGCGGGCGAUGAAGCCGCCGUUCAAGCGGUCGUUGAUGAUGCGGUGCGGAAGUAUGGACGGUUGGAUGUGUUUUUUGCGAAUGCGGGGGUUGUUGGGCAGCCGGUUGCGUUUACGGAUAUUGAUGGGGAGGGGUUUAUGGAUACGUUGAGGACCAAUACUUUGGGUGUGUUUCUGGCCGUCAAGCACGCCGCAGCAGCUAUGAAGCUCACAAGCAAGGAUAAGCCCUAUCCCUCCGGGUCGAUUAUCUGCACUGCGUCUGUCGCUGGUCUUCGCUCCAACGCGGGCUCGACAGAUUACUCCGCUUCCAAGGCUGCUGUGAUCUCCAUCGCGCAGACAACCGCGUACCAACUCACCGGCACUGGUAUCCGCGUGAACGCUAUCUGCCCUGGACUCAUCGAGACAGGCAUGACGGCGUCUGUAUUCGACCGGGCGAGGGAACGCGGCACGGAGAGAAAGGUCGGACAAUUGAACCCGUUGCAGCGGGGUGCUGUAGCAGAUGAAGUUGCGCGUGUGGCAUUGUUCUUAGGAAGUGAAGAGAGCAGCUACGUGAACGGCCAGGCGUGGACUGUUUGCGGGGGUUUAAGUGCCGGUCAUCCAUUUGUGCCGGGGAAGUUGGCCUAG